GCAGGCCCUCCUCUGCGCGUGCGCAGAGCGCUUCCCGUGCAGCCUCCCCAGCCCCGAAAACUACACUUCCCGGCAGGCAAUGGAAAUCACGCGCUGCAAACUGAGUAGGGGAGCCGAGAGGCUCAAUCCCCGCCGCCGCGUUUGCCGCUCGCUGAAAAGGCUCAGGUGAAACGUCAAAACUGCCCCAGCCCUUCGGCUGGGAGGGGCUGGCUGGAGGGGCGGGGCCGCCUCGGCUAGGCAGAGAGUUGCGGUAGCAGAUGCAUUCCAACCACCUGCGGUCGGCACGAUGUGGCCGGUGCUGCUGGCCGUGCUGCUGGCCGUGCUGCUGCUGGCCAUCGUCUACAAAGUUUACUUGGUGCUGUUCGAGGGCAGCUCCCCGAACCCCUUCGCCGAGGACGUCAAGUGGCCGCCCGCGCCCCUGGUGACCGACAAGGAGGCCAGGAAGAAAGUUCUCAGACAAGCUUUUUCAGUCAGCCGAGUGCCAGAGAAGCUGGAUGUGGUGGUGAUAGGCAGCGGCUUUGGGGGCCUGGCUGCAGCUGCAAUUUUGGCUAAAGCUGGCAAGCGGGUUCUGGUGCUGGAACAACACACCAAGGCGGGGGGCUGUUGUCAUACCUUUGGACGGGAUGGCCUUGAAUUUGACACAGGAAUCCAUUAUAUUGGACAUAUGCAGGAGGGCAGCGUUGGCCGUUUUAUGUUGGACCAGAUCACCGAGGGGCAGCUGGACUGGGCUGCCAUGUCCUCUCCCUAUGACAUUAUGGUACUAGAAGGGCCCAAUGGCCGGAAGGAGUUUCCCAUGUACAGUGGGGAGAAAGCCUAUGUUCAGGGCCUCAAGGAGAAGUUUCCUCAAGAAGAAGCUGCCAUUGACAAGUACAUAAAGCUGGUUAAGGUGGUAUCCAGUGGAGUCACCCAUGCCAUCUUGCUGAAGCUCCUCCCAUUGCCUGUGGUUCAGCUCCUCAACAAGUGUGGGCUGCUGACUCGUUUCUCUCCGUUCCUUCGGGCAUCCACCCAGAGCUUGUCUGAGGUCUUGCAGCAGCUGCCAGCCUCCCCUGAGCUCCAGGCAGUCCUCAGCUACAUCUUUCCUACUUACGGUGUGACCCCCAGCCACACCACCUUUUCCAUGCAUGCUCUGCUGGUUAACCACUACCUAAAAGGAGCCUUCUAUCCCCGCGGUGGCUCCAGUGAAAUCGCCUUCCACACCAUCCCUGUGAUUCAGCGGGCCGGGGGUGCUGUCCUCACAAGGGCCACUGUGCACAGUGUGUUGCUGGAUUCAGCUGGAAAGGCUUGUGGUGUCAGCGUGAAGAAGGGCCAAGAGCUGGUGAACAUCUACUGCCCCAUCGUGAUCUCCAACGCAGGACUGUUCAAUACCUACGAGCACUUACUACCUGAGCAUGCCCGCUGUCUGCCAGAUGUGAAGAAACAGCUGUCGAUGGUGCGGCACAGCUUGGGCAUGUUCUCUGUUUUCAUCUGCCUACGAGGCACCAAGAAGGACCUAGGUCUGGAGUCCACCAACUACUAUGUUUAUUUUGACACAGACAUGGACAAGGCGAUGGAGCGCUACCUGUCCAUGCCCAGGGAAAAGGCCGUAGCCCACAUCCCCCUCCUCUUCAUUGCAUCCCCAUCGGCCAAGGACCCGACGUGGGAGGACCGAUUCCCAGACCGGUCCACGAUGACUGUGCUGAUGCCCACCGCCUACGAGUGGUUUGAGGAGUGGAAGGAAGAGCCAAAGGGAAAGCGGAGCAGCGACUAUGAGACCUUCAAAAACACCUUUGUCGAAGCCUCCAUGUCUGUUGUCCUGAAGCUCUUCCCCCAUCUGGAGGGGCAGGUGGACAGUGUGGCUGGAGGAUCCCCGCUGACCCAUCAGUUCUACCUGGCUGCCCCACGAGGUGCCUGCUAUGGGGCUGAUCAUGACCUUGGCCGCAUGCAUCCUCAUGUGAUGGCCUCCAUAAGGGCUCAAAGCUCUGUCCCCAACCUCUACCUGACAGGCCAGGACAUCUUCACCUGUGGGAUGAUGGGGGCCCUGCAAGGAGCCCUGCUGUGCAGUGGCGCCAUCCUGAAGCGGAACUUGUACUUGGACCUUAAGAAGCUUGGCUCGAGGAUCCAAGCACAGAAGAAGAAAAAGAAUUAGCUGGUUAGGGAUGAGUCAGAGGAAUCUGCCCUGUGGCUAGGGCAUCUUUCUGCAUUAGUUCCUUGCCCAUAUAAAGCACCUGUUUGGUUUUGUUUUCUGAAAAAAACUCCAAUCCGCAGGCCUAGUGUAGAUCACAGGUCUUAAAAUGAAGCUCUAACAGCUGGGGCAAAUGAUCUUUUAUAACUUUAAUGCAUGCCAUCACUACUAAAGGCCCAGUCUAAGCAUGGUUUUGGUUCUAUAGGUUCAGAGGGCUCCCGAUGCCAUUUUUGCUGGUUCCAAUGGCUCUUCGGGAGGAUGGGGAAAUGUCUGUAGUAGGCUCCAUGUGGUCGCGGGGGGGCGGGGGUGGUAAUAAGGCAUAAGCAUGGAUUACCCAAUAAAAUCAGCAACGUACGCACAGGCUUACUUGUGCUUACUUGUUAACCUAUAGUGCACAAUUGCACCUGUUUUCCCACAUCGAGCCUCCAGGCUUAUUUUCCGAAACAUUUGGAAGUGAGGGUACAUGACUAGAAUGAUGACUUCAUGAGAAGAAGUGGAUUGGAAGGGCAUUCCAGGCCAAGGGCCCUGCAGAAGACAAGCAGAGAGGGAAGUGAACGUGCUGUGGAAGACAGCCCAGCUACCUCCUAGAUCUGGGCCUGGUGGGCGGAGUGGGGGUGGGGGUAGAAAAUCAGUCAGCAUCAGAAAAUGAAAAGGCCCAUGGGCUGCGUCUGCAGUUUAUCUGGUAGAUCCUGCUAGAUCUAUGGAGACCCGCUGGGAAGGUAGAUGAAUGCUUAAGGUUAAAAAACAAAACAAAAACAACACUUUUUCAAAUUGCCGUUAAACUGAAUCACCCAAGGCCUUAUUUUACUCAAUUUUAAUGUACUAUUAAUAAACUUAAUGAUUUAUAGCUUUAA